UGUGAAAAUACUAGCGUGGGAUAAAUCUUUACAGACACGGCCUUGUGUUCAGAUUAGAAAUGAUUCUAUAGGCAGGUGGUGAAGUGGUAUAUUUUUUUCCUUUUCUUAAGAAGUUAAUCAGGAAGUCCUCCAACUGUGUCCACUGAUGGGUGAAGUACCUGUGGCUUUCAGUUUAUUCAAUCUGUGGAAAGGAAAGCAUUGCGAACAUUGACUCAUAAUGUAUUCUAUGGUGAUUGUCACUGUUUGUAAAGUUGUUGUUUUUUAGGUCACUUAAGGUAGCGUCUGCCUCUGAUGUCCCUCAUGAAUUUGGAUUACAUCACAUGGCUUGUAUCAGGCUGCUGUGUGAAGACCACAUGCUUUCACUUCUGCAUAAAUGGAUCCCGUUUCUUGUCACUACACAAGCUUUUGCCUGCGCACUCUCCACCUGGAUUAAAGACUGAUUAAAGAUUUUUCUGCCUCCUGACGUGAAGUUUAAGAUUCAUGUGCCACCUGCGAUGGCUUUUGUGAAAAACAUCCUCAUUCUUUGUCAGCUUCUUCAGUUAGUGAGGAGCAUAAAUAUCCAAUAUUUCCCAUGUGACGCUGAUGAGAAUGCCACUGCAGUCGACUGCCAUGACAGACCACUCAGGCAUGUCCCUAACAUCAAGAAUACAUCUGUAGUGUCACUCGAUUUGAGUCGGACUAAGAUACGAUAUGUGAGAGAGGAUGCUUUUGCGGGUGUUCCAAAUCUUGACACUCUGAAAAUAAUGGGCAAUUGUCUACCAGGCAGACUGAGAGACCCUGAAGACCACACAUGCAAAGUGAAGAUCGAGGCUGGUGCUUUCAAGAGCCUGUUAAAGCUUCAAUAUCUGUAUCUGUCAGGAAACAGCCUUACCUCCAUACCAUGGUUACCUGAAAGCUUGAAGGUUCUUGAUCUACAGUAUAAUUGCAUCUUCCGUAUUACUGAGCCUUUAAGAACCCCACAUCUUGAAGUGCUCUUCCUCACCAAGAACUGCUUUUAUGCAAACCUAUGCAACCAGUCCUUCGAGAUCAGUCUGACUGUUUUCAGCGGCCUCCCUAAACUCAAAAACCUUACAUUAGGGUAUAAUAAUUUGACAGCUGUCCCUAAAGGGCUGCCACCCUCACUGGAGAGCCUGGAUUUAAGAGAGAACACAAUCACGGAGGUCUUAGAAGGGGCAUUUGCUAACCUGACUGCCCUCAGGUAUUUGAAUUUGGAGUGGAACUGCCAGCGGUGUGACCAUGCAGCGAGGCCCUGCUUUCCUUGCCCAAAUAAUCUCCCAUUACACCUCCACCCAAAUGCAUUCUAUGCUGAGAACAGCUCCAUCACCUACCUAAGCUUGAGGGGAAAUUCUCUGAAAACAUUUCCUGAAGGCCUAUUCAGACCGUUGAAGAGUUUAGAGAGAUUGGACCUCUCUGACAACCUCCUGGCAUAUGCAAUACGAAAUGGCACCUUCUUUGGAGAGCUAAAGGGCCUCAACUGGAUUAGUCUUAUCUAUAACUAUGAACCACUGAGGACGUUUCCGGAACUGAUCCUCUCCCCACAUAUUAGUAAUAUAUCUGGACUACGAUAUCUUCUCCUGAGUGGUAACUUUUUCCACACACUUUCAAAAAAAAGCUUUGAAGUUCUGUCCAAACUUCCAAACCUUGGAAAGCUAGAACUGAGAAUGAACUUCAUUAAUACUUGUAACAUGACAUCUCUGAAACAGUUACCAUCUCUCAUAAAUAUUGACCUGUCCCAAAACAUGCUUAGUUUCCUUCCAUGCUGCUCGAGUUUGUCAUCUGAUACAGUUGGACUGGAAAGCUGCCAGAAUCAUAAGUUGUCUACAGAUAAUUUUCGUGACCAACCCGCUAUAUUAAAAGAUAGAGAACUCACAUCUGGAGUGGAUAUCUGGGAAUCCAAACAUUCUAACGUGCUGGAAAUAUUUGAGGAUGAUGCGUCACAAAUUCCAUCGCUGUGGGACUUCAAAAAUCAUUUUUGCCAUCACGAGCUGACAUUUGACUUGUCUCAAAAUGACAUUCUGUCUCUAAGCAAAAAUGUGUUUUUAGGCAUGGAAAAUGCAGUUUGUUUAGAUCUUUCCUUCAAUUAUAUGAGCCAGGCACUGAAGAAAGGUUUGUUUAAUAGCAUGAGAAAGUUAGUGUUUCUGAAUUUGGCAUAUAACAGGCUUGAUUUUUAUUAUAAAGAAGCUUUCAGUGAACUUAAAUCCACUCUGAAGGUUUUAGAUGUUAGCAACAAUGAAUUUCAUUUCAAAAUGAGGGGUAUGGGCCACCGUUUUGAGUUCCUUCAACAUCUGACUAACUUGAAAGUUUUAAGUCUGGCAAACAAUGGCAUUGGGAUGCGAAUUGAUCAAACCCUGAUUAGCAGAUCUCUAAACUACCUCUACUUUAAUGGAAAUCACCUUGACAUCAUGUGGGAGUCUGACAACAACAGGUACACUCAUUUCUUCCAAAAUCUGACAAACCUCACUUUCCUGGACAUAUCUAGCAAUGGUCUUAAAUCCGUCGCACGAGAAGUGCUGUGUAACCUCCCAAGAAGCCUUAAGACCCUCAGCAUCAGCAACAACUUGCUGAACUAUUUCCCAUGGCAAAAUGUCUCAGCACUCAGUGAUUUACAGCACCUGAACCUGAGCCAAAACUAUCUCUUUCAUUUGCCUCAUGCAGCUGUAGAAUUUGGAGACAAGUUUUCUAUCUUGGACCUCAGUCACAAUCGCCUUAGUUCUAUUCCUGAGGAUUUUUUCAGUAAGGCAAAGUUCCUGAGACAUCUGUAUCUCAGUCACAACCAGAUCAAAGAGUUGAACCAUCAGCAUCUCCCUGCCCCCUUUCAGAAAGGAAGCGCCCUUCAGAAACUCACCCUCCAUGCCAACCCCUUUAAAUGUGACUGUAAUUCGUCCUGGUUUGCUGACUUCUUGCGAACUACUUCGGUGCAGAUUCCUUAUCUGAUGACACACGUACACUGUGAAUACCCAGAGUCUCAACAAGGCCAGAGUAUACUCUCCAUGGACCAGCGAUCCUGCCAGGACAUAUAUGGUGGCUUGGCCUUCCUCGUCUGCUCCUUCUUGGCUGUGGGUUUCACUGUUCUUCCUCUACUGAAGCACCUCUAUGGCUGGGAUAUGUGGUAUUCCUUGCAGGUGCUCUGGGCAGGACACAAAGGCUACUCCCAGCUGGCUGGUCGGGAUUCACAUUAUCAAUACAAUGCUUUUGUGGUGUUUGACACCAGUAACCAAGCUGUGAGGGACUGGGUUUACAAUGAGUUAACUGUCAAUCUGGAGAACUCGGGCCACAAGAGGUUUUGUCUCUGCUUGGAAGAAAGGGACUGGAUUCCUGGACUUUCAUGUAUUGACAAUCUACAUCACGCCGUCCACAGCAGUGUGAAGACAGUGUUUGUGUUGUCCAGGAGUAUUAACGGAAGUGAGACAGUGAAUGGUGUCAUCCGCCAGGCUUUCUUCAUGGUUCAGCAGAGGCUUCUGGAUGAGAAGGUGGAUGCGGCCGUGCUGGUUCUUUUGGAUGAGAUGUUUCCCAAACUGAAGUACCUUCAGCUGAGGAAGAGGUUGUGCAGGAAAUCUGUGCUGUCCUGGCCGAGAAACCCAAGGGCCCAACUUCUUUUCUGGAAUCGAAUGAGAAUGGCAUUGUCAUCAGAUAACCUUAAAUUUUAUGACAACAACAUGAGUGAAAGUUUUAUUUAACCUCCUUUUAACCAAAAAAAGUCUUCCCUCUCCCCAUUACCUGUUUUCAGCAACCUUCCAAUUGAUGUCCCUUGCAUAAGGUGAGAUGAUGCCACAAACAUAAGGGUAUUUGACUGGUAAUAUCAUUGUGGAAGUAUAUAUUUUUAAAAGUUAAAACCUUCCUUUGUAUAUUUUACUUUUCAGAAUUGUGUUCUGUUGUUACAUCUGGCAGUUAGGUUUUUCAAGGGUGUUAUUAAUGUAAAUUUGUAUUUUAGAAUUUGAUGUUAUGACUUCUUUCCAAGCUUAAAGUGAGAUAAGGAUAUAUAUUUUGUCUUUUUAUUAAGCAAAUCUUUGUCUGAAGGGUAUUUUACCAUCCUGGGCUGCAAAGCUAAUCAAAAGACUAAUACCAGACAAUGCAAAUAAACAUUACUUGAUAUCACUUCAAUAACUUCACUUCCUAUAUUUUAAGGGAGUAGCUAAGGCAGUCUACCUGCAAGACACCCCCACCACAAUCUGAAAAUUUCACUUCUCUUUGGUCAGAUGUCGAGGGAAAUGAAACUAGUGAUUAUUUUGUAACAAGUUACAGAUCACAAACAACUUCACUACCCACAUCUAUUCAAAGGAAAAAAAGUCACCUGUGAUUUCUCAGAAAGUUUAAGAAGAAAACUUUGACAGGCAAGUUGCUUAUAAUAUGGCAGUAAAUACUUCUGGAAACUACUGACAGGAAAAUGUGACUGAAACAUACUGUAGGUGACAGGAUUCCAAAAAUGUAGAUUGAAAGUAACGGAACAGAUUGGAAUAAAGCAGUGCCGCUUGAUGUAUACUGCUUUCAUUAUCUAUUUUA